CUGGAGAGCGCGGCGUCAGUCACAGCCCAGAGACAGACAGACCGGACCGGAGCGGCCCGACAGCGGCCCUGACCGCAGCCCCGGGUGGGAGCGGAGCCGAGAGAGAGAGAGAGAGAGGCACCGAAACACCGGCCACAGAGAGCGGCCACAGCCCGGGCGGGAGGGCAGAGAGCAGGAGGGGCCCUGGACAAAGCGAGCGGCGGCGGGAGGCGGCAGGCGGGAGGCUCGGGGGUCCAGGCGGCAGGUUGGGCCUGAGAGCCUCGGGCUCGGGCUCAGACUCAGGCCCAAGGCCAUGGCGGUGUGGCUGCUGCUGCUGCUGCUCCUGCUCAUCCCCGUGCUGUGCCAGCUCAGCGCCACCUUCAAGUACUACUUCAAGAUGGCCUUUUACUACUCCUGGAUCAUGGCUCUGGCUCUGGGCGUCAUCCCCCUCUGCCUGGUGAGGGGCCGGAAUGUGGAGAACAUGAAAAUAGUCCGUUACGUGUUGCAACACAUCAAAUAUCUGUAUGGAAUUAAACUGCAAGUCAACGGGAUGGAAAACCUUCAGGUCAAAGGCCCAUUUGUGGUUAUAUCCAACCACCAGAGCUCUCUGGAUCUGAUGGGUAUGAUGGAAAUCCUGCCCGAUCGCUGCGUUGCUAUUGCUAAGAAGGAGCUGAUGUAUGCCGGCACUGUGGGGCUGGUGUGCUGGCUCACUGGUAUCGUCUUCAUCAACAGGCAGAAGAAGAGUGAUGCAAAAAGUGUGAUGAGCGAGGCAGCACAGACCAUGCUGAAAGAGGAUGUCAGGUUGUGGGUGUUUCCUGAAGGAACCAGAAAUCACGACGGAAAAAUGCUGCCUUUUAAACGCGGAGCAUUCCACUUAGCGGUGCAGGCCCAGGUCCCCAUUAUCCCUGUGGUGUUCUCCUCAUACAAUGACUUCUAUAACAAAAAGGAAAAGCGGUUUGACUCAGGGACUUACACGGUUCAGAUUCUUCAAAGAAUUGAGACAAAGGGUCUGACAGCAGAUGAUGUCCCGGACCUGACCGAGAUGGCCCAGAAGACUAUGGUGAUAGCUUGGCACGAGAUCUCAGCUGCCAUGUUAAAAGGGAGCGAGAACCAAUCUUAAAUGAGCAGAUGUGUGCCAUACAGUUGAUGGAAAAAAUUUGCAUCAGCCAGAUAUUGAAGGCCUGAUCCACUGAUUAUUGAGUAUAAGUUCUUUGCACUAAAUGGAUUUUCAUGGGACAUUAGAAAUUCCUCAUGUUGACCAGUUGGCAAGGAAGCAGACACUUGCAAAGCCAUGAUCCAGUCCCUAUUGCCAGAGUAUACCCUUGUGUGUGUGCGUGUGAUCUCCCGUAUGAAAUCUCGCUCGUAUCUCAUGGGAAGUGUGUGCGUGUGGGGGGAGGGGGGGUGGCUUAGGGAUAUGUUUAGUAGUUACUAACUGCUCUUAACUCUUGUCUCCCCAGAACAUGCUUUCUUUUUUGUUUCCUUUCACAAGCUGAGUGGCAGCUUGGAAGAUGUCGUCAAUUUAUUUUUUUUGCACCUAUUCAAUUUUAAAAAAAAACACACACACAUUAAUCUUGGAAAACCUGUGUCUUACAUUGUGUAUAAUCCAGUUGCAUAAUGAGUGGAUCCAUGUGCUUUAAAGGGACUGGGCUGAAACACGAUCGCCAUUAUUUGCAAUCGCAUAUAGUUGCAUCCCCAAACACUGUGUAUAAUGUACUCUUAAAAUAUAUCGCACUCCUUCACCCAAUACUGAUUACCACUUCUUUUAACUUAUCAGACAUUUAAACACAUCAACAUCAGUUUCUCAGUGCGUUUCCCACCUCUUGAAUCCAGGUGUCCAUUCCGUUUCUUGCACCUAUCUUUCUUGUUUUAAUUAUUUUGGAAGAUGAGUUCAGUAAUGUCCUUAUAUGUGCUGUUAUUGAAGGAGUUGCUGUUGACACAAGCAGAAGCUCCACCUUCGAGGCAUCCAGCCUUGAUUUUAUAUAAAUGUUUAUAAAAAUACUUUCCAGCCAAAUGCAUCUCACUUGCUGACUUUGGGAACAAUGUAUUUCUUGAAGAUGUGUGACUUUAGGGCAGGUAACAGUUCCAGGCUUCUCUGAAUUGAUGUUAAUAUAAAAAUAGAUGUCGGUGCCGAGAUUGAUCAGAAAUGCACAAUACCAUCAUGUGUAAAUGGAGAGCGCGAUCAAAUCACAUUGUGGAACUGCAAAUGAUUCCAGUUAAGCUAUGUGCUCUCGAAGCUGUGUCAGCUGGAAGGCACUCACUUGAUGCUUAAAAUGUUGGUGUCUAGUGCUGUAAACAUAGGUUCUACAGCUUCUUUCUACUCAGAUGCCUUUGGAUGUUUUUCUGUAAAGUCUACAGUCAUGGCUUUGUAAAUGAAAUCAUUGAAUAGUGCACGCCGUUCUAGAGAAUGAUUGCAGUUAUAAUUUGCAUUGUCUUUGGGCUUUUUGUGAAAGCAUUAGGCCCUUUCUAAUGUUGCCAUUUUCACUUCAACUUUUGAAUAAAUAUUCGCUUCAACUCA